UAAAGAAAGACUUUACUCCAAGGGCUUCCUCCUCACUGGAGAAUUGCCGGAAAGAGCAAACAAAAAAGGCGCUGGUGUAGGCUCCAAAAUAAACACAUCUGAAUUCUUGAUGCCAUCGACAGAGGCUCUUACUGGAUUAAAAGUUUCAAAACAAACAGUAACGCUUUGGAAAAAGGGUUGAAUGUGUGCCUGCACCUUCAGGCAUGACCAUGGAGAAAGGAGGGAACAUACAAUUGGAGAUCCCUGACUUCAGCAACUCUGUCCUGAGCCAUCUAAACCAGCUGCGCAUGCAGGGCCGUCUCUGUGAUAUUGUGGUCAAUGUGCAAGGACAAGCUUUUCGGGCUCACAAAGUGGUACUGGCUGCCAGCUCCCCCUAUUUCCGGGAUCACAUGUCCUUGAAUGAAAUGAGCACUGUCUCCAUUUCAGUCAUCAAGAACCCCACUGUUUUUGAACAGCUCCUUUCUUUCUGUUACACAGGGCGGAUAUGCCUGCAACUGGCAGAUAUCAUCAGCUACCUAACAGCUGCCAGUUUUCUGCAGAUGCAGCAUAUUAUAGACAAAUGCACACAGAUCCUGGAGGGCAUUCAUUUCAAAAUUAAUGUCGCUGAGGUUGAAGCAGAAUUAAGUCAAACAAGGACAAAGCAUCAAGAGAGACCUCCGGAGUCUCACAGGGUCACACCAAAUCUAAGCCACUCCCUUAGCCCACGACAUAGUACCCCGAAGGGGAGCCGGCGAGGACAGGUCAGUGCUGUGCUGGAUAUCAGAGAGCUAAGUCCCCCUGAGGAAUCCACCAGCCCUCAGAUCAUCGAACAGAGUUCUGAUGCAGAGAGCCGGGAGCCCAUUCUCCGGAUUAACCGAGCAGGACAGUGGUAUGUGGAGACAGGAGUGGCAGAUCGGGGGGGCCGGAGCGACGACGAAGUCAGGGUUCUGGGAGCUGUGCACAUCAAAACUGAAAAUCUGGAGGAGUGGCUUGGGCCUGAGAAUCAGCCUUCUGGAGAAGAUGGGAGUAGUGCAGAGGAGGUCACUGCCAUGGUCAUUGACACCACAGGCCAUGGUUCCAUAGGACAGGAAAGUUAUACUCUAGGGUCUGCAGGAGCCAAGCUGGCUCGGCCAACAAGCAGUGAAGUUGACAGAUUUAGUCCCUCCGGCAGUGUGGUUCCCUUGACAGAGAGACACAGAGCCAGAAGUGAGUCUCCUGGGAGAAUGGAUGAGCCCAAGCAACCCAGCUCACAGGUAGAAGAGUCAGCAAUGAUGGGGGUAAGUGGCUAUGUGGAGUAUCUCCGGGAGCAAGAAGUAUCUGAGCGGUGGUUCCGGUAUAAUCCCCGUCUCACCUGCAUCUACUGCGCCAAGUCUUUCAACCAGAAGGGGAGCCUGGACCGCCACAUGCGCCUGCACAUGGGGAUCACACCAUUUGUUUGCCGCAUGUGUGGCAAGAAGUAUACCCGGAAAGAUCAGCUGGAGUAUCAUAUCCGUAAGCACACAGGCAACAAGCCCUUUCACUGUCAUGUUUGUGGCAAAAGUUUCCCCUUCCAGGCCAUCUUGAAUCAGCACUUUCGAAAAAACCACCCUGGCUGUAUACCGCUGGAGGGGCCUCACAGCAUCUCACCUGAAACAACUGUCACAUCUCGAGGACAAGUUGAGGAAGAAUCACCUUCACAGGAAGAGACAGUUGCUCCUGGGGAAACCACCCAGGGCUCUGUGUCCACUACUGGGCCAGAUUGAAAGAUCGAGGGGGAGGGGGCAGACCCUCUUCCCCUCUGGGCCGUAAGCAGCCCACAUCAGGGCCAUGGGCUAGUACUUAGAUUCACAAAAUGCCACAUCACUAGACCAGAUGUUCCCAAGAUAUUGCCAAACUAAAGGGUCAGCAACAUACAAAAGCACUAAAGGCUCGUCCCCUUCUCCUUCCACCUCACACUUUGGAAAAUAAUUAAGCAAAUCAACUUUCUAAUUCAGGGAUCAACAGCCUUGGUUUGUUAACUUUAUAAGAAAAAAUUUUUUAACAAAACUAUGACAAAUCGUCAUUUAUCUGCCAGUCAUGUUGAAACACUGUACUUAGAUCCAUAUCAUCUUGGUGGCUGUAAUUGCCCAGUAUCUAAAACAUGCAACAGGAGCCUCGGACAUCUGAAGCAACCAACCACAAUAGAGGAGGUAGUCGUGAGGAGGAGGAUUCCUUCCCUGCCAGAAUCUUCACACUUAAAGGAAAAAAAUGAAUGAAUACUGGUGGUUCUUACUGUUCUGGAAGGUUAGACUUUUCUUUGCCCUUACUAGGCAGCCAAUACUUUGCCUGAUUUUUCAUGUCAUCAGCCAUCUUGGCGCAGUGUUCUAGUGGGCAGCAUCACCUGAAGCACUUUAGGCAACUGGAAGUGAAACAAGCAGCAAAGUGUUUGUAGUAGGUACUGCUGCAUUUGGGGGCUUGAGUGGUAUAUUGAGGAAAAGAGGAGCAGGGAAGGAAGUGUUUGUAUGUUUUGCAAAUAUUGAGCAACACAGAGCCAUACUGCAGCUUCCUGACUGAUACUUAUAAACCAUAGUGUUUAUACAUUCUUGGUGUUAAGGGAAUGGCUCUAGUUCAGAUGAAUUAACCUGUUAGGCUGACUACCAAAGUUUCAUCCAGUCUAUUUGGCUCCUACUUUCACACAACAGCAAUACUCUACAUCAAAAAUGUCACUUUCCAGUGAAAUGAGCCUGGAUUGUAUUUUUAAAUCCACAGGUGUCCAUAUUUGAUAACUUUUAUAUGAAGUUUUAAACACAUUUUUUUCUGCAAUACUGUGGUUGAAGAAACUCAACACAAUUGUUCUUACUGCAACCACAAUUUCAUUUCCUUCUACAUAUGUAGUAGUUUGUAUUUUCAGUCCAAUGAAGAACCUCACUUAAAUCUGUCUCGGGUCAGCAAACCUAGUUAUUCAUAAACCUACCAUCAGCACCUUGCUGGUGACUCCAAGAGCUUUGAUUUUUUAAUAACACUGCAGGGCACUUACCAGAAAACAUCAUGCACAAUCGUGUUGCAAUAAAUGAUCAAGGGGUCAGUUUUGAUCAGGUCUGGUAACUUCAUCAUUCCUAAGAUUUUUAAAACUUCAGAGGGACCUUUUUAGUAAUUCUGGGUUUUUCUGAGAUUCUUAAUCCAGCAUUGAAUGAACUUAACAAGCAUGUAGAGCUUUAGAUGCCCUGUCUUGCAUGCGGAGAGAACAGGAAGAAUACUGAGGGAUGCAGGCAGAUAGAUGCUUACAACUUAGAGUGCAAAUAGAACAAGAGAAAAAACUAUAGUUUCUCUUGAUUUUUAAAAAAAUAUAUGUAAGUAUGUAAUGGGUUAAGAAAUUGUUUUGGUGCAGAGACAUAAAUGAUUGUAACAGAGAUUUGGGAGAGGGACUGGUCAAACCUGCACUGGAGAGCCAUUUGUGAAAAUGUUAGUUGUAUGCUCCUUUCCUGAGAAUGCUUUGUAGUAUGUGGAAGGUGGGUAAAAAAGAAUGACUUUUUUCGCUGAUGAGAAAUUAGGAUGCAAAGGGUAGCUUUAAGCAAUCUGAGAAUUGCACAUAGACACACAGCUGUACUCUAUCUAUAGGGAAAGUCUUCUGGAAAAGCAUAGAAAUUCGUCUUUUUGAGGACUGUCACGAUGCUACCAUCUGAUAAGAGCCUAACCUUAAAGGCAGCAUUGGAGCUGUAUUUUUUUAGGAGACAUAGACUGGAACAUUCUCUUUAGUUGGAUAACAGCAUGAUACCUUGAAAACUGUCUCCUAGAGCCAUAUUAAGGGGAUGGGUUGUGCUUUGUGGACUAGAAAUACAGAGUUGAAAUUCGACUGAAAUCCUUCAGGAAACAUUUCACCUGGUAAUCAAGGCUUUCAAUGCACAGAUUUCACCAUAGUUAAACAGGCAGGGAGCUGGGAAGUACAGAAUAUGCUGCUUUAAAUGGAGCUUUUAAGCCUACCAAAAAAAAAGUUAAGUUCACCCUACUUUUGAGAAAUACUAUGCUGAAAAGUUCUUUAUUGCUUUGUUAGUUUUUUAGAUUACAUGUGAGAAAAUAGAGCUUUUUAAACUAUUACCAAAUUGCAAAGGCGAAGUACAGUGAUUUCUGUAAAGAGAAAACUUUUUGCAGCAUUUGUUAGUACUCCUUUCAGAAUUGCAGCAAAUGUCUUAAAUGCAGUAGGGACUGUCUAAUUCAUGUGGAAAUCAUAUGCGUGUUUGGUAGGUUCCCCCUCCCUUUCAUUCACUUCCGUGUAGGUUUUUACUGCAUUGAUACUGUGAAUAGUGCUUCCUGGUUGUCUAGAACCACAUCAGCACAGUCAUGUUUCCUGGUUCUCUCUUAAUUGGCCUAGCCAGAGCCAUGAAAUAAUGAAAAUUUAAGCCAGGCUAGCUUUUAAACAAAUUGAAACUUCUGAAAGCAAUUUCUUUAUUUUAGUUAGAAGAGAUAUGAUUCUAAAUAUCCAGGAUUCUUAGCCAGGUUCACUGUGACAUUGCCCAAGUUCUUAGGUAACAUCACUGUAGGAGUGUAGGAGUUAGUAAUGUUCUACAUACAUUAAUGAAUACCUGUAAUCAUGUGUGCAUGAAGGAUAUGUCUUAAGGAUGUUCUUAAAUUUACUUUAGCUGAUGCUGAAAACUCAUUACCAAAUCUUAACUUGCACAUGUCACCUUGUGAAGGGAACUGCAUUAGCACUGAGAGCUAAGUAAUGAUUAAGAAACUUAAUGCCAUGAAAUUGUAAACACUGGGAUGAUUUUCAUUUAUUGCGUGGCACUUAAUAGCAAAAGACCUACCUGUCCAAUAUUCUAAGCAAAAAAGGAGAAAUGGCCACAUACUAUUUUCAUUUUAAAAUGCACCUUUUAUUCUCUGCCAAUUCUGAUACCAAGAUAAAAUACCGCAUUGGCAUGACAGUAACUCUGUACUUAGGCAGAAAGGCUCUUUCUAAUGACUUGUUCUCUUUUUACUCAGAACCAUAUUUACCUCUAAGCUGAGUUUUAUUUUAUGUAAGUUACAAGCUGCCCCACACCAUUUUAUUACAUUGAAGAGUUAAGUCUAAUAAUCUUGACUAUGUAAAAAUAAUUUAGUUUGUACAAGAUCAGAAGAAAGCAGUUAAGGAAAGUUUCCCUGCUUUUUUAGCAUUUUUUUCAGUUUUCCAUUUUCCCCUAUAAGUCAAGUAUGGCUUUCCAAAGAUGGUAGGAGAGCAGACAUGGAUUAUUUUCCCGCUAACUUCACAGCUGAAAUCUGGUUUACGUUGCACGUUGUCUGAUGGAAGAGUGAAAUAGGGAGCUUCACUUUAAUAACUGAAUACUCUUUGGCCAUGAAAUAACUUUUAGAAUUGUAGCUGUUACUUGACACUAAUUGUGGGGUUUUUUUUUUUAGCUCAGGCAAACUACAUUUUAUUUAAUUAGAUUAUCCAAUUUAAAGAAAUGAAAGCAGCCCGGCCUGGUGGUGCACGCCUGUGAUCCCAGCACUCGGGAGGCUGAGUAAGGCAGGAGGAGCAAGGCGAGUUUGAGGCCAGCCUAAACUAUAUAGCAAGACCCUGUCUCAAAAAAAAAGAAAUGAAAGCAAUAGAUAAUAAAAAGGAAAUGAAUCGAGCAGACAAAAGUCUUCUGAAUCAUGGUGGAAAAACAUUUAAUCAAAAAGGAGUUGGAAUUCUGGAGGUUUUUCUUUUUUCAUCUACAACUGUGAUUUUUUUUUCUUCUUCAAAUGCCCUUCCUCUUAUCUGUGUAUUUGUCCAAGGGACAACAGAGAAGUCUUUAUUGAACUUAGUCUUGGAAAUGGAAGUCUUAUGCCAUAUGAGAAAGAAUUUAAAAUAUUCAAAUAUUUUGGUAGCUAAGAUUUCAAAAAGGAGCAAGCAGUUGUCAGGUAAAUACUUCAGGGUUCAGCAAACCACGGCCCUCAAGCCAAAUCCUAGGCCACCUACUUGUAGAAACAAAACUAUAUUGGAAUAGGGCCACACCUGUGCAUUUGGUCUUUCUGUGCAUUAUGGUGUGUUUCUAGUGUCAUGAUAAAGUACACAGCCUGUACAGUACAUGGCCUUCAUAGUUUAUUUUGAGACAGGACCUCACGAAGUUGCCUAGGCUGGCCUUAAACUUUCUGUCCUCUGCCUCAGGCUCCUAAGUAUGAGUAUGCGCCAACAUGCCUGGCUAUCCGUAAGUUUCUUUAAAGAGCUUGCCAUUUUUUUUUCUAGAUCCUUUUCUCAUGAACCACUUUGUUUUUCUAUUUCAUGAUUUCCAUUGAUUAAAGGGCAUUUAAAAUGGGUUUAUUAUUUAUUUUCACCUUAAAACGGCAGAUAGGUUAAAGUUUAGGAUGGUAGUUGUUUAUAACAAGAUAAUUCUGCAAAUCAAAUAAUUUCCAUGCGUAAUAAUAUGGUGUUAAGUGGACACCAUGUUUACAUAAAAGACUGUUUGAAAAGUAAUGUUUUUAUAAGUGAGUUUUGCCAUUCCUCUGAGUUGACUUGAACUGGUUUGAUAGUAAUGACCAGAAUGAAUUUAUUCCCAUUAGAAUUAAAAAAUAUGGGCCGGGGAUUUAGCUCAGUGGUUUUGCCGUCUGCUACGCAAGCACAAGGACCGGAGUUCAAUCCCCAGUACCAAAAAAAAAAAAAGUAAGAAUUAAAAAAUAAUUUGAGUAGUUUCAGUUCUUACCAGGAGUACUGUUUUUCUAGAUUAGAAACCUAUACUUUUCCCCUAGCCUAUAAAUCUUCACUUUAAUUUCCUGAAGUAAACUCACUCUAUUCUUACAUAGAGUACUAAAAACCCAAAUCUUCCUUUUUUUUUUUUCCCCUCCCUGGAUGUUUUAAAUAUAAUGAAACAUCUGAAGACUUCUUUCCAUUUGUUAGUGUUUCUAAUUCUUAUGUCCUAUAUCACAACUGAAUAUACUGUGAAUCUUAAAUCUGAAUUAAUCUGUAAUGACAGAAGUUAAAGUAUCUCAUGGGAGCAGAUCUCCUAUUCCAAUCCCUUGUCUCCAGUGAUAGGUAAUAUUUAGGAGAAUCUGUUCCACUAAGUAAAUUCUAAGUGCUUUUUUUUUGGUACUGGGGAUCAAACUCGGGUCCUUGUGCUUGCGCAGCAGGCAGCGAAACCAGUGAGCUAAAUCCCCGGCCCUCUAAGUACUUUUUAGUACCAGACAACAUGCUUGGAAUUUGUGUAAAAAAAUUGGAUUUAAACAUAGUUUAGAUGUGGCUUUCCAUACUUGAGAGUCCUAAAUCCGCUUGGUUGGUGUCUGGUGCUUUUUAAAAGCCUGCGUUUUUCAGUAUCCUGAGAUAAAAAUUCAAAAAGAAAGGGAUAGAAUUAGCUAUACUGUGUUUAAGUGGCAUAACUGUAAUUAAUGCUCAAAAUUAUCCUACGAGGUAGUAACAGUACUAAAAAUAGCCCACUGUUUUGAUGUUUAUGUGCUUAAAUUUAAGAAUAACUCAUCUAAUCCUAUGACAAUCCCAUGAAAAUGGAUGCUGUUAUCAUCUUCAUUUUCGAGAGUAGAAACACAGUUUGAUCUAGACAGUCUGACACCUGACGCUCUCCGUGAACUGUUGCCUCCAGUGGGUGUAGUUACACCACACUUUAUAGCUGAGAAAACUGAUGAGCCCAUUGUUGUAAACUGCAGGACCACUAUUUACCAUUCUGAUUGCCCAGAGUGUUUUCACUACAUCACAUGCACUGCAUUUAUUAUAAAAAGUUGGCCAGAACUGGAUUAUACAAGAGCCAGUAACAGAAUUGCUCUACAUGAAUUUGUACCUUCAUGAUUUUUUUUUUUCAUACCGGGGAUUGAACUCAGGACCUUACACUUGCAAGGCAGCCACAGUGCCACUGAGCUAAAUCCCCAGCUACAUGAAUUUGUAAUUCAAGAGUAAGUAAUUAGAUUUUUUUCAAAAGAUGAUGCAUUUGAUCUCUGAGCAGAUUUAAAUAUUUACUGGGGAUAUUGCCCACUGAUUCAGAGGAAUAAAACUUUUGUAGGUCUAACUGUGAGUGAAUGAAUGAGUUACUGCCAAGGCAGAAAUUACAAGAUAAUUUUCCACUUAUUUAUUGCUGUGUAACUAUUCUAAAGCUUAGUGGUUUAAAACAACCUCCACUUUGUAUAUCAUGAUAUUUGUGAAUCAGGAGUUAAGGGAGGGUUUUCUGGGCAGUUAUGCUAAAUGUUUACCUGGUGGUAUUCAGCAGGUGAUUGGACUGGUCUGGUAGGUCCCAGCUGGUCUCACAGCUGAUAGAUUGGUAUAGAGGUCAGGCUCAGCAGGGCUUCUCUGCUUUGAGUCUCAGGACUCUCCAGGGUUCUUUCUCUAAAGGUAGUCCGACUUCUACCAUGGCAGCUCAGGCCUUCCUGGAGGCUGGGCGGAAGGUGCCAGUCCUCCUAAAGGCUAGACCUAGAACUGUCAUACAGUUACGGCCAUCCUAUUGGUCAGCUCACAUCUGUGGGGAGAGGAAAUAGCGUCCCAUUUUACGAAAGCAUGUCAGAGAUUUGGAACCAUCUUUCAUUUCCUGUAGGUAACUUUAGGGCUUUUUGUUUUUGUUUUUUUCUUGCCUCUCUUAUGGCCAGUUCAUAAUGCUAGAGAAAUCAUUGACUAUUUACUAUGGGUCAGUAAAGGAUCUAGAAGAACAAUGAGACAAAUCCCUGCAGCAGAUUUUAUUAGCUACCAACUUCUCCCAAGUUUCAUUUAUGGCAGACUGCAUUUUUUCAUUUUGUACCCUGUUCUAAGUUGUGACUAUUUGCCUGUAUUUGCUGUGAACCCACAAUAACUAUACAUGCUGAGCCUAAAAUACUGCAUAGGAAGUAAAAAGCUUACUGUUAGAGAACUUGAUUUAUUAGAGAUGUCAUCUGUAUUUUAAGUUUACAAAUAAGUGACUGUGGUGUGGAAAAAUAUGGCUACUAAAUUACUCUCAACAGGAGUUUCUAGCAUGUGGUUAGAUGAGUUAUAUGGUGGAGAUAGUAAAAGUUUUACCUGUUUAUCUUAGUACACUAUACCUCCUCUGGCAUCAUUUUGGCCUUAAUGACAAAUUGGUUCAUCCUGUUUUUAGUACCUUUCAUACAGGAAAAUCUUUUGACUGAUUUUACAUGUCAUUAAUCUUGUGGGGUUUUUUGGUUUUUUGCUACGGGGUUUGAACUCUGGACCUUGUGCUUUCGAGGCAGGCGAGGUGCCACUGAGCUAAGCCCCCAGCCCAGUAAUCUUUUAAAUUUAGCAAUUGCUACCAGCUUCUCAUUUAAAAAAAAAAAAAGAUUAUUUAAGUUUUUUGUUUUGAUCUAGAUUUGUCUGAUUUAAGUCACUUUUAUUUAAACUCCUGCUAUCUUUUUUUUUUUUGGAGACAGGGUCUCGCUGUGAAGUUCAGGCUGGCCUCAAACUCACAGCAAUCUUUCUGCAUCAGCCUCGGAGUGCUGGGACUACAGGCAUGUGCCACCAUGCCUGGCUAACCUCCUGCUGUGUUACAAUAAUCAGAAAAAAAGACUUCCUGCCUUGAGGACAAAUAUGGGCAGAGAAUGAAUUCUGCUCUAUAAAUGAUCAUCACUAAAACAGAACACGUGUAAAAAAACAGUUUGCGAUUAUCCAUUCCAUGUGCUGUUGUUUCCUGGUGAAUUAGUUCUGAAGGCUUCUUGCUGAUCAUCUCCAAUUCCCAUAUAGUGAACAGAUAGAUUUCUGUUCCUAGUCAGCCCUCAGGAAUUUCGAAUACAGGAAAUAAAGGGAUACUCAGGGCCAAAGACUUGAUUUACUCUGCAGAAUACUGGGAAGGAGAAAAGACACCUUUGGCAUUUGCAGUUGGAUAACCAGAGAUGGAAUGUUUGAGGUUUCUGUGCAUAAUGAUCAAUUAGAUUUUUUUGCAGAGGGGAUAGCAAAGUUUUAUUAAAGGUAGCAAAAGCAACAGGUUCUGUAGAGCAAAUUUAGGCCAAGUAAAAGGAGGAAAAGUACACCCUACAGCACGAGGGCAGGCCACCAUGCAGAGAGAACAAAGUGGGCCAAACAGAUUUUAAUACAUAACAAUUGGGGCAAGUUUUUAAGGAAUAAAAACUGCUUUAAAGUUUUCUUUUGAGCCUCGUUUUCACUCCGGUAUAAUUAAUCUACCUUCAAAGUCUGCCUUUCGUGUGAGAAAAAACCUUUGAAAAUAUAGUCACAGGGAAUGAAAUCUUGUGAUAUUCUAUGAAAAUGUCUCACAUUUUAUAUUAUAAUUCUGUGGGCCCUCCAGUUUCUCUGUGAAUCCUGUUUGAAAUCAUUAGGUGGUUGCAUGAAAAAUAGGCUCUGUGGUCUUGAAUUACAAAAGAGAACAAGGUCAGAAAAAAGGGACUCUUGUAGAUUGAUGAAAUAUUUUGUUUCUUUUCAGCAUCACAAGUCUAAACCAUUUCAAGCCUAUCACAGCAACCCGAGUAGAAAUUACUUAAAGUUUCGAUUUCUGCUUUUAGGCACAUCUUGAAGCAGACAUUAAUGACAUAUUUUAAGAUGAGCUACUGAGUUUCCCAUAAAGUAAUAGAAUCCCAACUAUAGUGGUUAAGAACCACUCAAAAACAGAAAUGCUAUGCAGGGAACAAAGCUUAAAAUGUGUUUCCUCUGGAAACCAAGAUGCUAAAACAGAGGUCACUCAAAGUGUGGCUAAAAUCCACCUCUGGAAUGGCUAUCAGAUAGCAGAAAUAUUUAGAAUUUAUAUGGUAUUUCUAAUAUUUUUACAGAAAUAAUUGUAAAUCAUAUACCUUGAAUUUUUUAAAAAAUCAGCCUGUUUUCUUUUUUGGAAGACUGGCCCAAUAAAAAUAACACUAGUAUAAUUCAUUUGUAUAUGCAUGUGCAUUGAACACAGAAUGGUAUACUAAUGAUAGUUCACACAAAUAACUUUUGUGGGAAGUUCAGCUAUUUUCUUAAUAUCUUUUUUCAUAAAUGUAUGUUUAUAAAUAUAUUUACUCAUUCACCAUGACCUUGGUAGCAUGGAAGCAUUUUGUUAGCUGUAUUAUUCUGAAAAUCAAAUUUUUGGCAUAGUAGGCUGUGAGAGUGUCUUGUUAACUUUGUAUUUUGGCCAAGAAAAUCCUUGCACUUUCUAUAUAUAAAGAUGUUAUAACACAGUGUAUCCAUUUAGUGAAGCUGUUCUGUAGAGACACAGAUGUAGGUGUUAAAGUAAAAUAGAUGUUUAAAACCCUGGCAAAAAGAGGGACCUCAAAAAAAGAAACUUGGCUUGCAUCUACCUGAGAAGAGUGGGGAUUAAUACAAAAUCUCAGUUGAAAGUAGCUGUUGUUAUAAGCAUCCUCUUGCUGUGAAUUACAGUAUUGCCAUGAGUUGCCAGCUAUGUGUGAGUGUAUGUGAGAAAAAGGGUGUUAAAUGAAGGCAGAUAAAGUCAAUGCAGAAUAUUCUACCUCUAGCGAAAGACAGCAUAUUCAAGAUUGUUCUGCAGCCUCUUAGGCAGGAGACUGAGGUCCUCAGCCACUUCUAUCCCCACGCUUUUCUAUACUCACUUCAGCUUCUCUACCUCUGAGCACUUGGCUGAAGAAAGAGUGUAGCUCUCUGUAGCAAGCCUAGGAAAACCAGACCUAGGGUGUAGAGGCUGCAGUAGCUGAAAUUCCUGUCAGGUGCAGAUAUUAAUGUGAGAUUUUAUUGCCUAAAUCAAACAGUGUCUAGACACUUAAUGCUUUUUUUAUCCACUGGCUUCUAUUUGGCAAGAGUAGCUGGUGGAGGUAGAGUCUUUCUGUUUGUUUUUAAAGAUGCACCCCCUCCUUUAAUGAGGUAGAACAUUUAUUUGAGUUACAAUUUUCUUUUUUAAUCACCACUUGUAAUUCACUAUUUAGGGACUGGAAUAAUAACCAUAUUUUCCUGAUAAGAAGCCUCCUGCUAAUGUCUUACAUGGAGGUAUCAAGACAUGGGUUUUCAGAGGACCUAUUUUGCUUUUAAUCACUCCAAAGAGGGAUACUCUUGUUUAAUACUGAUACUUGAAUGUUGCAGGUGUCAGAAAAUUCCAUAUCCGUAGUGAAAUGCCACUAGGCAAGCUGACCUUGAAAUCCAGUGCUGCGUUAGUGGAGUUCCUCUUCGGGGCCAGGUCAAGCUUCCCUACCUUUUGAACAUCUGUUACAAUUGAGAAGGAACCGUUGUCCUUUAACACUUACCCUAGAAUGCUCACUCACCACCUUUUCAUUCUCAUCCCUGACUAGGUGGAAGAUCUAAACAGGGAACCCCAGGAAGCAGUGACAGUGAGAGAGGGACCCAUUUUCAGAUGUCAUAUGGGUUGGUACCUGGGUUUAGUUACUAGUAAGUAUUUACUUUCCUGGUGACUUUGGGUAAGGCAAGUGGAGAAUACAGAGAAUGAUGAAAUUCUAAAUAACAAGGCAAACAUUACUCAUACAUGACAACUGACAGAAUAAUAUCUGGCUGAACACACUAUGAACCCUGUAGGUAGGUGAGGUGGUAAACCGUACUAACCUACUGACCACAACUUUUUUUUUUUAACCGUAGUUCUCAGCCUAUAAGCCAUGCUAAUGCACUAGUCUCAGGAAUUAAUUUCAGCUUAGGAAAUGUUUCCCUCUGGCUUGUCAUGUGUGCCCAGAGUCUUGUCCUAGGCCUGCCCCCUGAUGUUUCACUAUAACACAUACUUCAGGUGCAGUCAGUACUGUGGGUCUCACUCCCUAUUCUGGUCAGUGAUCUAUUUAAAAACAAAGCAGUGAGAAGUGCCUCGGUGAUUUCACUGAGACCUGUGAUUUAACAGGUCUCAUGGAUUUACAUGAGCCUGGAAGGCAGCUGUGGGGGCUUACGUGCCUCUGGCUUGGAUGGACACUGGCAUUGAGCUUUGUAUUACAGAACCAUUGGCCUGGGCCAGUAGUGCUCCAUCUUGGCUGCACAUUAGACUUGCCUGGGACCCCUCCAGACAUUCACAUUUCACUGGUGGUGUGCUACUGAAGUUUCAGAAGCUCCUGGUGGGCUGAGAGGUGUAAAGCAGGUACUCAGGGGGUUCAGUCCCUGGCAGUGGGAGUGGGGGCUGACUAGAUGAUUCUAAUGUGCAGCCAGUGUGGGGAUCACUGCCUAGGUGCUCCUCAGAAUCUUUGGCAGCUAGUUCUCUUGACAUCAGAUACCUUUAUUGAUUUCCCAACCAUGGCUCUCAAUUUAAUUUAGAAUGGGCCAGGAGGGCUCAGGUGAUAAAAUGAAUCAUCCACUUCUCAGAGUAACUGUGGAGGGAGAUGCUGUGAUCCAUCCAAAUUCCUCUCUAUACCAAACAAGAUGUGCAUAAGUAAGCGAAACACAUUUUCAGUCUGGUCUCUAAAAUCUUUCCUUUGCGUGUGUGAUUGAGUGGAGAGUUCUUAACUUUGCUAGCUGCAGUAGAGCACUUGAAUGUAUUAAAAGACCCAAGCUGCCUAGGAUAAAACAAAUAGGUGGCAUUGUUAAAGUUAAUGGAGAAAGGAAGGAUCCUGCCUGAGAUGACUGUGAUACUUUGAGAUUGUCUCUUACCCUGUCUUCUAAGUGGGAUCUCUAAGUUCACUUUUUUCAUUCACUUUUCCUUGUGAAUGAAAUUUACUAGCUAAGGCUUAAAUAUUCCUGGAUAUUAUGAAAUGUGAAAUGAGUCAUUUUAGCAUCUUUGUCCUAACCCAGUAAUUCUGAAAUGAGGUUCCAUAUCUUCAUUCUUCUCACCCAGGGCAGAAAAGGAGUUAUAAUGGCCACCGUAGUUUGUCACCUGCCUAUAGUAUCUCAUAUGUAGUACUAGGGAGUGGGGAGUUGUUUUAUUACCCAUAAAAAAUAGUGAGAACCACUGUUCAGACUAGCUACCAAGUGACUUCUGACUCAUGAAAGAAAUGUGUAUUUAAGAACAAGUUCAAAUGUAGCAGUCUCUUUUCAGAGAGUAUUCUGGACCCAGUAGAAAAUUUCAUUUGUAUAUGGUCUAUAAGUAAUUGAUCAUUUGAAAUCGCAAGAGGUGGUAUGUUGAAGAAGAAAAGGUAGAUUGAAGAAAAGGUUGGUUCUUAGUUGAGGACUGUAUUAGAAUCAGACUAUGAUAUUUUUUUCAAGUAGCAUUAGGCCUUGCUUUUUGCUUAAUAUGUAAAUGCCUCCUAUGCCUUAGAAAAUCUGCUGAAGGCUUCCUGUCUAUGGAUGGAAUAGAAAAGCAGUAGCCUUCAGGACUUCAAAAAGGGUAGCCCCUGGGGGUUUUCAUACUGAAGAAUAUUGUAGAGUACUGUGAACCUCAUUGGACUUUAUGGAUUUAUACUGCACUGGAUUUUAAGAUUUCAUGGGGGAGAGGAGAGGAGAGGAGGAAGAUAGGGAAGUAAAACUGUAAAGGUAAAUGUGUGAGCAUGUGCUAUAGCUUAAGCAAGGAAUAAAACAAAUUCCUAAAAGGAAUUCCCUAACAGGACUGUGAAAUUAAGUCAGCAUCCUCUACCUUAAUGGGUUAGCUUCCUGAUUCCUUUCAGGCCUCUAAGAAAUCCUUUGUGAAACAGCUAGACAGAUGUUCACUAGCUUGCCCCAUUCCUUGCCCUCAAAAGAAAAGCAUUCCCAAAGUAUAGGCAAAUGGAAUGUGUUCCAUCUUGGUUCAUUAGCCUUUCAUCUGCUGUGAUCUGUUUUCACAUUUUUAGCCUGUUGCGUUAUUUUGUGCUCUAACUGCAGAACUUAAAUGGAUUUUCUAGUUUAGUCAGCAACCAUGGCUUCCUUCUCCUUUAAGAAAUCUUUAAAAUCAGUACAAGGAGAAGUACUUUGGAAGAGCAUUCAGGUUUCCUGUUUCCUCAUAAUUGCAGGAUGGGACCCAUUUGUGCUCUGCCUCCAAGAGGUGAAGAGAAGGCUGAGGAUUCAAAGAUAGAAAAGUCAAUGUAGCAGAAAAUUGGUUUUCUUCAGGUGGACAUAAUCUGAAAGAAAUCUCUCAAACUGUUCUCUAUGGUGCUUACAUGAUGGGUGACCGCUGUCUCCCAUCCACCUGUCCCUGGCACUGUGCCUUCCCCCUGGUCACUGUGAAAUGCAGAUCACACUGGACUCAGGCCAGAAUCCAGGACAAGUUCCCCCUUCUCAUUUGAGCCCAUCAUUUCUUCCUACAGCUGAAAAUGUAGCAUUUACUUCUCUUUGAGAAACUUGGGAUUUUUCCCCCCAAGAAACAGUAAACUGUUUAAAAGAAAAAAAGACUGUGGUUGUAGCUAUCAAAUACAGAGAUCAUAGGAAGAUUUCACUCCCUCUCAGUUGAUAUUGAUAACAGCAAGAAUCAACUGUGCCCACCUCUUCCUGAGUUUCUAACAGCUCCUGUAGUACCUGUAGACAGACGUACCUAACAACAGUUUUUCACAACUUGCUAAUCAAGGAGGAUUCAUAUUAAAACAGACAAUCAGUUUCUAAAAUGUAAUCCCUGAAAGGGAAUGGGAUAGAGUAUUUUUAACUAUAGUUAAAGAACCUACCAGUCUGUUUUUACCCUUUGGAAAAAAAACCCUAACAUUUGAAAUUUGUGUGUUUUGUGUGCAGCAAUUGCUCCAUUAAUAUAAAGAUGACGUCAGUGAAGCAGGAUAGCACUCUUGUGUCACUGGCUUUAUGAUGCAUCUUAUUUCCUAAGACAUCUGUUUUUGUGACCUUAAUUAUAAAUACCUAUAUAUAUAUAUAUAUAUAUAUAUAGAAUAGGAGUUUCUCUCACCCCACCCUUCUUUAAUCAUUAUCACUUAAAUGUAAACCACCACCUCCUCCCUCCCCCUUUACUGAAAAUAAUGCACUUUAAUUCCUAAGGAGAGUAGCGUUCCUGGCCCUGAAGCCAGAGUACUUCAGGAGGAGAGUUGAGGAGGAAGAACUCUUGCCAGACCUGUAACAUUAACCAAGUUUCCUAAUGUGCACACACAAAUAACAUCCAUUUUUAAACUGCCCCCACCUUCUCCCUGCCGAAGGGAAAAAGAACAGCCAAAUUGAAAAGACUGCAAAUGCCCAACCCUGAUUUUGGAAGUUUCACUGGUUUAAAAAUUUUUUUUCAUUUUUAACUUUAAAAUUACCUUUUUUUGGAGAAAGGAUCUCGCUAUGUAGUUCAGGCUGGCCUUGAACUCACUUUGUAGCCCAGGCUGGCCUUAAACUCUCUGCUAUCCUCCUGCCUCAGCCGCUCAAGUGCUGGGGUUUCAGGAAUGCACCGCCACACCUGGUGAAAAUUAGCUGAUAUUAACUUAUUUUCUCAGCUACCAAGUUGUCAUAAUUUUCUGUGUUCAUUGGGAGGCUGAGAUGCUUUUGAUUAAAGUCAUGAAAACACAAAAGCUCUGUGAUUCAGAAUUGUUUCCUUUCUACGUAUCAGGUCUGUUGUCCCUUAUUUUUUUCUUUUUUUUUUUUGGUACUGGGGAUCAAACUCGGGUCCUUGAGCUUGCACAGCAAGCAGCGAAACCACUGAGCUAAAUCCCCAGCCCUGUUGUCCCUUAUUUUGAUGCUCGAACUCUCCUCCUGUAGAUUCUGUCUUUCCCCUGACGACAAGCCAAUAGUUCUUGGAGGGGUAGCAUGUCUCCUAGAGCCCCAGGAGCCCUGUUGGGUCGGGGAGGGGGGGAGGGCCAAGACUAGGGUUGGGGGAGGGAGAUUCAAAGAAAGAGUUAAGAUAUGUAUGGGUUUAUAUAAACAUAUUUAAAGCAGUUUAGCAAAAGCUUUCUCGUUGAACAGCUUUAAGAACAAUGUGAAUGAGAUCUUAGCAACUUGGUUAGUAAUCUGAAAAGUCUAUUAAUGUAUACUUGAAAUUCUGUUUGUAUAAAAAAUGCAUUUUUUCUUUAUUUUAACACUGUAAAAGAACAUUAUGCAUGUGAGUGGUUUGAGAAUUAAAUGGUUUAAUACUCA